GUCUGCUGUAGUCUGUUUCAGAGAUUGGACCAGUAGCUAACAAUUUUUGAAUGCUUAACCUGUGUUAGGCUCUGUUAAGUGCUUUAUGGGCUUGACCACAUUUAAUUUUCAUGAAUCUGGGGUAGUUUACCCCGCCUUUCUAGGUGAGGACACUGAAAUUCAUAAGAAGUAACUCCUCUGAGGUCCUACAGCGGAGGGGUCUGACUGCUGACCCAGGCUCUCACCUGUCCUUUCCCACUGACUAGAUAGAAGAAACUUGAUACUACAAAGCAAGAGCUUGGCCUCUGGCAGCUGGCCAAGUGCUUAUUGCUGAACUGGGCCAUGGGUCGUGGGAAUAUUGGCGGGUGGUACCUGCUCGGAGGUAGGGAAAUGGAUAGUUCUGGUGCCUGCGUGUAGCACACGGCACUUAACUGGGCACCUGAGACUUGCAUUCUCCCUCAGACCUAUUCUGAGGGAAAGGUAGAGUUUAGGGUUAAUCCACAGUCCUCUAGCCUGGUCUGAGUGAUGGCAGUCAGAGCUCCUGACGUGCUGCCGCCAGGAGCUCAGGGGCAGGGGAGAGCCUGUGCACGUGGAAGUGGUGCCUGGAGCCAAACCACCGAACAGAAAAUUGGAACAGAAUUAUAUAAAUUAAGGUCAGAAAUUUCCUGUCCAACCCACAGGGUGGAGUUUUCUCUAUUCCUAUCCAUCCUACCGAAUAUAAGCCCUGAUUUGAUGUCAGUAACUGGAAGGAGCAGCUGGGAGGACUCCCCUUUCAGCUGUCUGCAUUCACCAUGAACCUCAAGGUAGUCCUCGUGUUCCUGGCACUGUCCCUCAUUACCAUCUUUGCCCUGGCCUAUGUCUUGCUGACCAGCCAAGGUGGCUCCAGCCAGCCUCCCCGCUGCCCCUCCGUGUCCCCCAGUGCCCAGCCCGGGACACACCCCGGCCAGAGCCAGCUGUUUGCAGACCUGAGCCGAGAGGAGCUGACGGCUGUGAUGAGCUUCCUGACCCGGCAGCUAGGGCCAGGCCUGGUGGAUGCAGCCCAGGCCCGCCCCUCGGACAACUGCAUCUUCUCGGUGGAGCUGCACCUGCCCCCCAAGGCCGCAGCCCUGGCCCACCUGGACAGGGGGAGCCCCCCACCUGCCCGGGAGGCACUGACCAUCGUCUUCUUUGGCGGACAACCCCAGCCCAACGUGAGUGAGCUGGUGGUGGGGCCAUUGCCACGGCCCUCCUACUUGCGGGAUGUGACGGUGGAGCGUCACGGGGGCCCCCUGCCCUACCACCGCCGCCCCAUGCUGGGAGCUGAGUUUACCCAGAUGUGGAAGCAUUUGAAGGAGGUGGAGCUCCCCAAGGCACCAGUCUUUCUAGCUUCUGUCUUCAACUACAAUGGCUCCACUUUGGCACCGCUGCAUGCCACCCCCAGUGGCCUGCGCUCAGGGGACCGUGCUACCUGGAUAGCCCUCUACCAUAACAUCUCAGGUGUUGGGAUUUUCCUUCACCCAGUGGGGCUGGAGCUACUGCUGGACCACAGGGCCCUGGACCCUGCCCACUGGGCUGUCCAACGGGUCUUCUAUCUCGGGCGCUACUAUGCAGACUUGGGCCAGUUGGAAUGGGAGUUUAAGGCUGGCCGGCUGGAAGUGGUUAGGGUUCCUCUCCCCCUGCCCGAUGGGGCUUCAUCCUUGAAGUCCCGGACCUCCCCAGGUCCUCUCCCCCCUCUUCAGUUCUCACCCCAGGGCUCCCAAUAUAGUGUGCAAGGGAACCUGGUGGCGUCCUCCCUCUGGACAUUUACCUUUGGUCAUGGGGUGUUCAGUGGCAUGAGGAUUUUUGAUAUUCGGUUUAAGGGCGAGCGAGUGGCCUAUGAAGUCAGUGUCCAGGAGUGUGUAUCCGUCUAUGGUGCUGACUCACCCAAGACAAUGAUGACCAGAUACUUGGAUAGCAGCUAUGGACUUGGCCGUCACAGCCGGGGCUUGGUUCGGGGAGUCGACUGCCCCUAUCAAUCGACGAUGGUGGACAUCCACAUACUAGUGGGUACAGGGGCAGUCCAGUUGCUCCCGGGGGCUGUGUGUGUAUUUGAGGAGGCACAAGGACUACCCCUUCGGAGGCACCACAAUCACCUUGAGAGUCAUUUCUAUGGUGGUUUGGCUGGCUCGGCCCUUGUAGUCAGGUCUGUGUCAUCUGUAGGCAACUAUGACUACAUUUGGGACUUUGUACUGCACCCAAAUGGGGCUCUGGAAGGGCGGGUCCAUGCCACGGGCUAUGUCAACACGGCUUUCCUGAGUGGGGGUGAGGAGAGCCUCCUCUUUGGGAACCGUGUGGGGGAACGAGUGCUGGGGGCAGUGCACACGCAUGCCUUCCACUUCAAGCUGGACCUGGACGUGGCAGGUGAGUGCUCGGGUGAGGACUGAGAUGGGGGGAGCAGAGGGAAGGGAGGCCCCCAGAUCGAGCCAGAAGCGGCAGACGGUGGCAGGCCAGCGCCACGACAUACGGUGGUGGCGGAACAGGGGCUGAUUGGAAAGUAUUCGGCUGUAGUAGCCUGAAACAACUGGGCGUGCUGGGUAUCUGGCCGAAGGUAGAAGGGGUGUCCCUACCCGACCCUGCUCACCCGGCCCCUCUGCCUCACUGUGGUUGUGAAACUGGCUUAAAUGCAAUGGCCGUGCCUGGCUGUCUUCAUCUCAAGUGCCUCUGUGGCUAUUGAGUUUGCCUGGGCAGUUGGGGCUGGAGGUGGGGCGCUUUAAGUUUUUUUCCUGAUUCUGGGGGUCAGUGGAGGUGGGGAAAGCAGGGGCCUGAGUAGAGGUAGGAAGCAGCCUAAGGACAUUUUCAGUGUAGAGUGGUCCUGGGGCACGAGGAGGGGGGGUGCUAGUGGGGGGUUGUUUAACAGGAUUUCAUAAAACAGGACAUAGGGUGGUGGCCCCACUGUCGUCCUGGGGAGGGUCCUGUCAUCCCUGUCAGUACAUGUCCUCACCGCCAGCCCGCUGGUGACAUGGCAGGCACGAAAUAGGCUUGCUGCAAGUGUAGAAAGGGAUUUCUCAAGUGGGGCUCAAAGCACAGGGACGACUUGCUGCUCCUGACUGACUGUUGUCAACAACAAAAUAACGAGCUUACUGAAUCACAGACUAUUAGACCCAGAAAGAAAAGUGGCAACUACCAGACCCUCGCCAAACUGAGGAGGGUGGGGGGAGAUGGAGCAAGAAGUGCCUGCCCCAGUAUAAUGGUCUGUAACUAGACAUCUUUUCUGUGGAACAUUUUCUUACCCUCUCGACUAUGAAGACGUGGUUUCGGGUGGGAGGAGAACUAAGAAAACAGCAUGACUGAAAGGGGUCUAUUAUCUAUUCUCUGACGUAUUUGGAAUAGGACUUUGAAGUUUCUCUUCAGCAUUUUUGGCAUUAAAGAGCCUUGUCUCGGGAAGUAAAGUCGAGUCACAUGUACUGGAUCCCUGUAGUGUGGAGCUCGAGGGACAAGCAGCGGGGCUGCUGGCCUCAGUACAGCGCUCUGUGUAGGGGGCCAGGUGCCUUCAUGAUCGGUCCUGUUUCAAGGAACUGACACCCGAACCUGCAAAGAGUAUCAUCAAGUGCCAAGUGGGGAAGGGCUGAAAAACUGGGUGGUAGCUGAAGACGUGGUGUUUAAACCUGUGGCAGCCCCUUGGAGUCCAGAGCACCAGCUGCAGCGCCCACAGCUGACUCGGCAGGUCCUCGGAAGGGAGGACCUGACAGCUUUUUCCUUGGGAAAGCCCCUGCCCCGCUACCUUUAUCUGGCUGGCAACCAGACUAAUGCCUGGGGUCACCAGCGUGGGUACCGAAUCCAGAUCCACAGCCCCCUUGGCAUACACAUGCCCCUGGAGAGCGACAUGGAGAGGGCCCUCAGCUGGGGGAGGUGAGGAGGGCUCUGGGCACUGGGUGGAAGGGAAGGACUGGUCCUCUUCCCCGCCCCAGCUCCUGAAGACCCCAAUUCACUACCCUUGGUUUACCAUUCACCCCUGUGCCUCCUCUCAGCUCCAAGUAGAUAUGGGAUGGGGAAUGGUCUCACACAGAAUCUGGUCCAAAGGACUUCAAGGCUGGGAAUGGCCCCUGAUCUGACACCACCUUCCUUCAACGUUCCUGGUCAGAUACCAGCUUGUGGUGACCCAGAGGAAGGAGGAGGAGUCACAGAGCAGCAGCAUCUAUUACCAGAAUGACAUCUGGACCCCCACUAUGGCCUUUGCUGACUUCAUCAACAAUGAGACCCUCUUAGGAGAGGACCUGGUGGCUUGGGUUACAGCCAGCUUCCUGCAUAUCCCCCACGCUGAGGAUGUCCCCAACACAGUGACUCUGGGGAACAGAGUUGGCUUCUUGCUUCGACCCUAUAACUUCUUUGAUGAGGAUCCCUCCAUCUUCUCGCCUGGCAGCGUCUACUUUGAGAAGGGCCAGGAUGCGGGGCUCUGCAGUGUCAACCCUGUGGCCUGCAUCCCCCACCUGGCGGCCUGUGUCCCGGACCUGCCCCCUUUCUUUUACCAGGACUUUUAGCCCCAAGGGUGUGGGGGGACAUGGAGGGGGGUUGCUGAGACAUUUGUACCUUUCUCUCUGUUCCCCCUUCCUGCUCCCUUGAUGCCUACCCUCUUAAUGUUCCUUGGGAAACAGCCUCCAACAGUAAACCCCUAUGUAUCCCUUCCGUUAAUUCUUAUUUCCAGUUCAUUUUGUUUAAAUGAUGGACUUAUACAAAUGAUACGAUUAUUAAGAUAUUCAAGCGAAACCCCACAAAUUCUACCACUCAGAAAUAGCCAGUGUUCACAUUUGGUGAACGUUAUACCAGACAUUUCUUUAUGCAUGUGCAUCGAAAUGGAAGAAUAGAUAGAAUUUUGUAAAAAUAGAUGGUGUGUGUGAUUUAUAAUAAAAGGUACUACAAGAUUUA